GCAGCCAUGUCUCUCAAGAUCGCCGUGUUCGCCUGCGCCCUCAUCGUGGCAUUGGCCGACCAAGCUCCCGUCUACGCUCCUCCUGCCCCGGCACCCUCUUAUGGCCACGAGCCUGUCUACCCCGAUGUCCCCCCUCAGUACACCUACAACUACGGCGUCGCCGACGGCUACUCCGGCGUCAACCUCGGCCACUCGGAGUCCCGCGACGGCUACAAGACCGAGGGCAGCUACACCGUCGACCUCCCCGACGGCCGCAAGCAGAUCGUCAAGUACAUGGACAACGGCGACGGUCUCGUAGCUGAGGUCACCUACGAGGGUGAGGCUCAGUACCCCGAGCACACGCCUUCGUACCAUCCUGCUCCCCCCGCCCCUGGGCCCUAUGAAUAAGUAUUUGUUGUUUCAAGAUAAUGUGUUGUAACGUUAGUGUCUUCUACCUUUGUUGAUAUGUCUGUUGUGCCAUAGUUGCGGACAAAUAAAUGCAGUUUUCUGUUUAAGAGAU